GUAGUGUGUACUUAGUGCAACUUGAUGCUGUUAGGUUAUGCGUCCUUUCAAAUGACUCGCGUCUCUCGUUAACGUUGUCGAAGCUUUCAGUUCGAGUCAGUUUUGAUAAAGAAGAUUGAGAAGCGUCUUUCGUAGAAAUCGAGAAUCCAGUCGAGCUGAGGAAUUUCAAUGUUUCAGCUUGGGAGACCUAAGAGCUCCUCUGAUCUUUCGAUUCGCUCGCAAGUCGGGAACCGUCCUAAUCGUGCUCUGAGGCACUCAAUAUCGGGGACGUCCCACGAUUCACGGAUGGCAUUUAUAUAGCACGGCCUCGUGCCUGCAUGCGUCCCUGGCAUGUACGCGCCACCGCUCGAUACGCGCGUCCAGGGUUCGUUAGCCGUCACGGUCGCACGGAAGAGUACCGGAGAGAAAGAGAGAGAGAGAGAAAGAAAAGGGGGAGAGAAAAAGAAUCGCGGUUGCUCCGACGGCGGUCGCCGUCGUUCGGCUGUGCGCAUUAAUGGGAAUGCACGACCUAGAGCCAUACUUUCCUCGUUUGAAAAUGAAGUACUAGAAAUCGCGCCGCGGGCACUCUUACUACACACUUGCGUAUGAAAUAUCAGCCUGGACGCCUAAUCUAUUUCGAUGACUCUACCGGUCGGUUUCUGCUGGCGCAUCUCGACUGCAUCGGCAACCUAGUUUCCUCGUUAACUUCUCGCGGAGGCUCGCUUUUCACCUCCUCGUGUAGUCCACUCGAGAGAAGAUUGAAGUCAGGAUUUAUCCAAGUUCCACUGUGCGAGCGUCGUCUCGCGUCGACUCGCCUCGUUAAAUUCCACCGUUUGCAGUUUGCAUAAUAACCAAUAAGAAGCUUAUCCCGUCUGGCUGUUUGCCACGGCUCGGCAAGGAUCUACGGAUGUUCAAUUAAAUGGAACUAACGGUCGUCUUACGAUGCUCGUCGACCUUAAAGCGUUCAUAAUUUUCUUCCCGAUCUCAAGUGCGACGAGCUCGAGCGAUACUCGUAAUCAAAAUAAAUCAAUUAGUAACGUGUAAUAAAGCUUCUACCUUUUAUCAAAGUUAGUGACUCUAUUUUUCGCGGCAUGUCUACAUGGCCCGGCGAUAGAUGCGCGAAACAUGCUAUUGUCAUAAUCCGCAGCGUAAGAAGAGAACUACGUUUUAUCUGGCCGUACUCCGCCGUCGUGGUUGCGGACAAUCGAGAUCACGUCCUCGUCUCUUACCGUUACGUGCAGCCAAGCACACGAGUCUUGUGUGCUUGUGUGCGCACACAUACCAGUACUUCAUACGCCCACACAGGCAUAUACGAAAAGAAUGAAAAAAAGAAAAAGAAAAUUUAGCAAAGCGGAUACGUAAGGGAUAUGUGCAUAUACGACCGGCUACCAUAUAAGGACCUAUACACAGCCUUGUCGAUGCUGACCCACCGUUUGAACGUAUCUCUCGAAAGCCUCUCUCGCGAUCCCAGGAACGUAUCGUCCCGGACCCAAAACUCGAGACAAGCGCGACCCACGAGACCGUCAUUCGCUUUGCAAGAUCGUUUCGCCCAGAAUCGUCGUCCAAAAAAGCAUCGUGGAAAAAGGUCGUACAAAAUUGAUGACCUUGCACUGUUGUCGAUGAUGUUGCACAAUCAUGCCGUGUGUACCGAUAAUGUGAUGCACAGGAAAUGUAAUCGUUACGCGUACAACGUAGACGUAAAAAGAAAAAAAAACGAUCGAUUUCGUCAUAAAUUGCAGAACAUAACAUCAUUAGAAAAAAAGCACGUAGGAGUUAAACACAGAUCGAUAUCGAUCACCCACAUUAAGAAGUACAAGGCUAAAUCAUGUCGAGUCCGUCGUUGAAGGACCUGCCUAAAGUAGCUCUAGACCUGAAAAGCGAAUUGGAAGGUUUCAAUCAUGGCUGCAUGAAGAAAGCCGCUACUGCCGAGAAGAA